GGCAGCUACCCUUGUCCGUGUGCCGGGGGGCGUGUGUUUUUGGGACGCCGGACAGAGAGCCCGGACCUACUUACAUACAGUACAUAGUAUCCGUAGUAUGAGUGGCCUGGGAUCUUGGCCAGGACUGGGGCUUGGUGACGAGAUGAUCCCUGAUGGGCUGCUGACGCUCUGCCGUGUGGCCCUGGGCAUGUAUUCAGAAUACCUGACUGCAGAGUCAAGCCGCGUGUUUACAAGCGUAGUGCACGAGAAGAAGCAGGGCUAUUUCGUCCCAUCCGAUGAUGCAGCUGUCGCAGUUGCUGCCGCUGUACGUGGUGCUCCCACCCGUUGUGCACAGAGCCAGUCAAGGUGCUUGCUGGUCAACGACCGGACGAAGCGAGGCCCAUGUAUUGUAGACUACCUAUACUCUCUGACCUCGUCGCUUCUUGUGUGCAUGUGGGACCCGGCAGAGGGAGCACAUGCGAAUAAUGUCGUGGCCAACUUCCCAAUUGACCCACGCCGCUUCGAGCGCGCCUCGAUGCCGUGUAGAGACCCGUCACCAUACGCUUCGUGCGACAACGGCAUGGUCUAUCUUUGGUGGUGGCAUAAAUGGCGACGGGAUGGCAAGAGCUGACAGCAGGGCUGCAGGGGAUGAUUGGCCGCUCCGCCAGGGCUAGAUGAGGACGAAGCCACAAGCGCAAUGUGAGAC